AUGGCCAACCGCCCCCCUCUUGACUCUGUGUCUUCUCAUGGUAGCGACUCAACAGCAUACGGGGACCCUUUCGCAGAUCGUCCUCGUCAGGCGCAAUUCGUAGAGCCUGAGCGCCCAUACCGCAACAACAACCCACAGGCUUUUGAGAGUAGUGCUUCUAUCCCUCAGGAAUUUGGUGGUCGUGACUACAAUGACGAAGAAGACUACAUGGAGAAACAACCUUUGACUGCUGGUCAGACUUACCCAGGCGGAUUUUAUCCUCCGACGUUGGAUCCCAACGCAUACGGGGAUCCUUACGGCCGCCCUGUUUCCGUCGCGUCUACCUCCACAAACGGUGUAGAUAGCGCCUGGCGCCGACGACAAACCAUCAAACGUGGUGUCACGCGCAAGGUCAAACUCACGAAGGGAAAUUUCAUUACAGAAUAUCCUGUUCCCACCCCAGUUCACAGCGCUAUAGAAGCGCAGUAUGCCUCAACAAACACCACUGAAUUUUCACACAUGAGGUAUACAGCUGCUACUUGCGAUCCCGAUGAGUUCUCGGAGGCCAAUGGCUACUCCCUAAGAACCAAAAUAUAUGGGCGUGAAACGGAACUUUUGAUUGCCGUCACCUCAUACAAUGAGGACAAGACUCUCUACGCACGUACUUUGCAUGGUGUCAUGUUGAACAUCCGUGACAUCUGUAAAACGAAGCAGUCCAAGUACUGGCGUCGUCAAGCUGAAGAGGGUAUGCCGGGUUGGCAGAAAAUCACUGUCGCCUUGAUUGUUGAUGGCCUUGAUGCUAUGGACAAGAGCGUAUUGGACCUUCUCGCUACUGUCGGUGUUUAUCAAGAUGGUGUCAUGAAGAAACAGCUUGAUGGUAAAGACACUGUCGCUCAUAUUUUUGAGUACACUACUCAACUUUCGGUUGAUGCUUCACCUCAACUUGUACUGCCUCAAGCCAAUGAUCCCACUAAUUUGGUACCAGUUCAAAUUAUCUUUGUCCUGAAAGCCAAGAACCAGAAGAAGAUCAAUUCUCACCGCUGGCUGUUCAACGCCAUAGGGAAGAUGUUGAACCCCGAAAUUUGUGUACUCAUUGACGCGGGUACGAAACCUGGACACAAGUCCAUCUAUUAUCUAUGGGAGGCAUUCUAUAACGACCCACACCUUGGUGGCUGCUGUGGUGAAAUUCACGCCAUGAUCAAGGGUGGCAAGAAAUUGUUAAAUCCGUUAGUAGCUGCUCAAAAUUUUGAGUACAAAAUGUCAAAUAUCCUUGACAAGCCCCUCGAAAGCAGUUUCGGAUAUGUUUCCGUGCUUCCCGGUGCUUUCUCUGCCUAUCGUUAUCGGGCAAUUCUCGGCCGGCCGCUCGAGCAGUACUUUCACGGUGAUCAUUCUUUGGCUGACCGUUUGGGCCCGAAGGGUAUUUAUGGAAUGAAUAUCUUCACCAAGAACAUGUUCUUGGCUGAAGAUCGUAUCUUGUGCUUUGAACUGGUAGCAAAGAAAGGCGACAGAUGGGUGUUGACCUAUGUCAAGCCUAGUAAGGCUGAGACUGAUGUCCCGGAAUCUGCUGUCGAGUUGAUUGGCCAACGCCGUCGUUGGUUGAAUGGGUCAUUCGCCGCCUCAGUGUACGCCUUGGUCAACUUCUUCCGAUUCUAUCAAUCCGGUCACGGAAUUCUUCGUAUGUUCUUCUUCCACGUUCAGGCCUUGUACAACAUAUUCUCCCUCGUAUUUUCGUGGUUCGCUUUAGCCAACAUGUGGCUAACAUUCAGUAUCAUCAUCGACUUGCUUCCGGACCUUCCUUCAGACCCUAUAAUUAUCUUUGGUACUGCGGAGAUAACACAUUGGGUCAACCUCGGACUGAAAUGGAUCUAUCUGGCCUUUCUAGCGUUGCAGUUUAUUCUUGCACUGGGGAAUCGGCCCAAAGGCGAGCGUGCAGCGUACACUAUCACACUCUGUAUUACCUUUAGGGUAUAUGCCAUUCUUGCCCUUUAUCUCUUGGUUUGCUCUUUCUGGCUAACAAUCAAAGCCUUCAUAAACAUUCCUCAAUUAAUCGCUUCUGAUAACGGCAGUCUGGUCACUCUUUUCAAAGGGCCUGUCGGUGCUUUGGCAGCAGCCAUGCUCUCAACCUUUGGUAUCUACUUCUUCGCGUCCUUCCUCUACCGGGACCCCUGGCAUAUGUUCUCUUCGUUCGGCCAAUAUCUGUGUCUCGCUCCUAGUUUCACUAACGUGCUCAACGUGUAUGCUUUCUGCAAUCUGCAUGAUGUUUCUUGGGGUACCAAAGGAAGUGACAAAGCCGAAGCGCUUCCUUCGGUUUCAUCAUCGAAAACCAAAGAUGCAGACUCUCCCGUCGUAGAGGACACAACGAAAGUACAGGAAGAUGUUGAUGCGGCUUUCAAAGAGACUGUUACUCGUGCCAUCACGAAGAUCGAGGUCAAGGAAGUCAUUGAGAAACCAACCAUGGACGAUGAAAACAAAACUUUCCGUACACGUUUGGUUUCUUUCUGGAUGCUGUCCAAUGCUGGGUUGGCUAUUGCCAUCGAAACUCUGAAUGGUCUACCAGACUCAGACAGUGUUGCGACCAAUGAACAGGAGUUGGAGAAGAAGCAAAAUAUUUAUUUCCAGGUCAUUCUGUACUCCACAUUUGUCCUGGCCUUUGUGCGGUUCUGCGGGUGUCUCUUCUACUUCUUCAGGAGGAACUUGUUCAGGUGGUGUCGCAGGAACUAA